UGAUCUCCGCUCCCUGUCGCUUGUUUAGUCCCUUAUCCCACGGCCCGUCCCUCCCUCAGCCACUUUUUCCUUCCUCUCUGUCUCUCCUGUGUUUUGUUUGGCCGGCACAAUGACUGUGGGGAACAUGGAGAGUGCUGAGCUGUUUGAUGCAGGCAAGAAAGGUCGAGGCCUGAGGGCCACCAAAGAGCUCAACAUUGGGGAAGUGGUCUUCGCCGAGCCCAGUUUCUCCGCUGUGGUCUUUGACAGUUUGAUCACCCAGGUGUGCCACAACUGUUUCCGGCACCAGGCCAACCUACACCGCUGUGCCCAGUGUAAGUUUGCCCACUACUGUGACCGCACCUGCCAGACUGCAUGCUGGGAUGAACACAAGCAGGAGUGUGGAGCCAUCAGGAAGACCGGCAAGGCGCCCAGUGAUAAUGUUCGUCUGGCUGCUCGUGUGCUGUGGCGUAUACACAAGCGCACAGGCAUUGUGACAGACAGUCAGCUGAUCUCAGUGGACCAGUUGCAGGACCACGUGGCCGACCUGUCUGAAGAAGACCAAAAGCAGCUCAGGAUCGACGUGCGCAACUUCCUGGAAUACUGGUCUUACGGAAGCAAGCAAUGCUCGGCCGAUGAAAUCUCACACAUCUUUGGCAUUAUUAAGUGUAAUGGAUUCACAGUGAGUGACCAGAGAGGCCUGCAGGCUGUUGGUGUGGGUCUUUUCCCCAACCUGUGCCUGGUCAACCAUAACUGUUGGCCCAACUGCACCGUCAUCCUCAACCACGGCAAUCAGUCAGCUGUGAAUUCCUCUCUUCACUCUAAGAGGAGGAUUGAGCUGCGAGCAAUGCAGAAAAUCGCAGAGGGUGAGGAGCUAACCGUCAGCUACGUGGACUUCCUCAAUCUGUCCGCCGACCGCCAGAAGAAGCUGAAGGAGCAUUUUUACUUUGAGUGCACCUGCGAACACUGCAGCAAGCAUGUUAAGGAUGACCUGAUGAUGGCUGCUGCAGACAGCAAACCAUCUGCUGACACGGUGAAAGAAGUGACUGCCUUCAGUGAAGAGUGUCUGGAGAAGAUUGAAAUCUCCCGGGUCGAGCGGGAUUACAACAAGGUGGUGAAGUUGUGUCAGGAGUGUCUGGAGAAGCAGGAGAACGUUCUGGCCGACACUCACCUGUCCAAGCUGCGUGUGCUCAGUGUUUCCAGCGAGGUGCUUUCAUACCUGCAACGCUUCUCUGAGGCUGCAGACCACGCCCACAGGAUGGUGGAGGGAUACAUGAAAUUAUACCACCCCAACAACGCCCAGCUGGGUAUGGCCAUCAUGCGGGCAGGCAUCACCCAUUGGCAUGCAGGGCAGAUAGAGGUGGGUCACGGCAUGAUCUGCAAGGCCUACGGCAUCCUCAUGGUCACCCACGGACCUAACCACGCCAUUACCAGGGACCUGGAGACCAUGCGCAGGCAGACUGAGGCCGAGCUGAAGAUGUUUAAGCAGGAUGAGGGUGGGUACCACGCCAUGAGGGAGGCUGCUCUGAAGAAAUGAAAAGAUCACAAAAAUAAUCUUGUUCACUGCUGAACAUCCUCUCACUGAUGUAAUGACACAUACCUAACUGUGCACCGACACACACACACACACACACACACACACACACACACACACACUGUGUGUCCUCUCUAAAGCACUGCACCCAGUCCCUGUGCUGAGCCUUUGAAUCACCAGUCUGUCUAAUGACACUCUGUUCUGUUCAAAUCAACACGUAACAGGACAUGCUGAAUGUAUCUGCAUGUACUGCAAUAAAAGUGAAGAUACAACA